AUGUAGAAACUCUGUACCAGCCAUGCCACAGGGAAUCACAACCUCUACAGCCUCGUUAUAGAUGUUGACUAAGAGGGAAAAUAAUAAACAAAUUUGUUUUCAAGUUUUGGAAUAAAAAAGAGAUUUAUGUGUUAUAAGAAAUAAAUCUGAAUGGAAAUCAUCCAAAGAGUUGUCAAGGAGAGCCUCCCAAUAUCUGAUGAAGCUUUGCAAAUCAACGAGGAGAACAUGGAUGGUGUUGAUUUGUUGUCUACGGUUGUAAUAAAGUUUAGCUCACAAGCAACACAAGCAACAAUUGAUUGGUUGAUUGAGUUGAUUAAAGCCCCAGUCUCAUCAGGCGGAGCAGAGCUGAUCCCAUCCCUGAAGUCUGACAACCCUUCUGAGAUUGGCAAAACAUUUUAUAUAACAGCAAAAUACAAAAGACUUCUUCAUGCUGCAGAACAUUUCAAAAUUAUGAAAAGAUCAACUGAAGACCUCUGUGACGAGUUUAAUUAUGAAAACAGGCAUUUGUUCAGUGGAUUUAGAGAUGAAGAUGAAACAUUUUUAUCUUCAGCUGAAAAGCAGUAUUUGAUUAAGCAAUGUCUUAACAUGAUAACAUCACCUGAUAUGGGGUCAAUCCCUGGUGUCAAAAAGAAAACAACUUUGUAUAAAGACAGACCAGUCGUUCCAAGAUGUUUGGCAUAUGGUGUUAUAACAUUGUUUCCCCUUCACGAGCCAGAAAAAUUGAAAGCUCUGGAAAAGAACUGGUAUGCAAAUUUCAAAAAAUGGGACAUUCCAGUUGGUGAAUUAAGAGAAUACUUUGGAGAAACAAUCGCACUGUACUUUGCUUUCCUUGGUUUUUACACAAAGUUCCUUAUCCCUCCAUGCCUUGUGGCACUCUUUCACAAAUUUUUUAUCUAUGAUGAGCACAAGGAAGAAAACGCUUGGUUCGCAGCUCUCAAUCUGAUUUGGACAACCGUUUUCUUAGAAAUAUGGAAGCGUCACUGCUGUACACUAACAUUUGCAUGGGGAACAUUGGCUAGAAACAAAGAUGAAUCUCGCCUUGUUGAGCAGCCACGUGCAGAGUUCAUUGGUCAAAAACGAAUCAGCCCGAUCACAGGGCUACCAGAACCAUAUUACCCAACAUGGAAAAGAAGAGUAAAGAUGUACUGUGUCUCGUUUCCACUCUUGAUGUUCUGUUUACUGUUUGCUGUUUUUGGGAUGUGGCUAUAUCUUGAUUUCCAACAAAUAAUGAAAAACCGAUAUAAGGAGAAAACUGGAUUUUUCGUAUCUAUUGUUAUGAGAAUACCCAGCAUCCUUUACGGUGCAGCAAUAUUUGCCCUGAACACAGUCUACAGCCGGAUUGCUACUAAACUUAAUGACUGGGAAAAUCAUCGCUUGGUCUCGUCUUAUAACAGCAGCCUCACUGUGAAGCUAGUGUUGUUUCACUCAGUGAACAGUUUUAUCUCUCUGUUCUACAUCGCAUUUUAUCUUCACGACAUGGAGCUUCUAAGACAGCACUUGGCUACUCUGCUUAUCACUCAACAAACCAUUCAACAAGUCCAAGAAUCGCUGAUACCAUAUCUUAUGUUCCAAAGACACAGUGUCAAAGUUAAGAAAGAUGGAACCAAGAUUUCCGUAAAAAGGGAGAGAAUCAAGGAUAGGAUUACCCGACAGGAGAAAUUGCCAGUCUAUCAGGGAACUUUCGCUGAUUAUCUGGAAAUGUACAUCCAAUUUGGAUACGUGUUUCUCUUCUCAGCGGCAUACCCUUUGGCUGCCUUUUGGGCUCUGCUAAAUAAUGUCAUCGAAAUCAGAAGUGAUGGAUUUAAAUUAUGCCGUUUGCACCAAAGACCUUUCUUUGAGUCUGCCUCAUCAAUUGGUGCUUGGCAGGCUGCCUUUGAAGUCAUGAGUGUUGUUGCAGUGAUCACCAAUUGCUCGUUAAUUGCAAUGUCUAGCAGUACCAAAAAGUGGCUUGGAAAUAUGUCAGGCACAAACUAUAUACUCUUGUUCGUUCUAAUUGAGCAUCUAAUCAUUGGAAUGAAAAUAUUUUUGGCAUCUAUGAUACCUGAUGUGCCUGGCUGGAUCACAAAGAAAAUGGCAAAGAUUCAGUAUGAGAAAACAAAUCUUCUGAAGAAAAAUAAAGAUGACCUUUAUGCAGAACUCAUUCAUGGAGAAUAAAUACAAACGAUGAACCUUAACAUCACCUGAGAACGAGUAAGGGGCUCUUGCACCAUAUACACAGUUGUUUCAAUAUAUUUAUAUCUUAUGGGAAAUGUGUCUCCAAUUUCAAUAUAUUUUUAUUCCAUGGGA